GGAAGAUCUCAGUCGAGCACCCACGUGUGAACGCGCCUUCCCCCCCCCCCGACCCAACUCUGGGCGGCUCACGUAACAUGGAACCGACGGCGUCCCCAUGGUCGAGCACUCCAGUGGUGCUGGUUUGCUAGUGGCCAAGAAACGUCCCUUCCCUUCGGUGUUGCAACUUUUCGUUCAGGAAUAUGGGCUUUACACGGAGGGUCAGUGUGGUCAUUUUCGCUACUCGUUGCGAACAUUGCCUAGGGGCCAAAAGUCACACGGAGCAGUUUGAUACUGUGGCAUGGAUAUACUUCCCCGAGCCGCACAGCCAAUGCAAUGUGGGAAUCCGACGUUCUAAGCCUGCCGGUGAAGAUCCAAUUUCAGACCGGUUCCAUCCACAGCGAAGGUGCUGGAUGGCCUUGUCACCCAUCGCCUCUCGCCGACGGACUUGGUAUCUACUGAUUACGUCGCAGAUUGAUGGACUAUUGCAACCAUCAUCUGGAGCAUCUUACCGUGCGACCUUUGCAAAUCCAUUACCGAUAUCUCAAGGGCGCUCUGACUCACCGAGGUCUGGUAGCAGGGGCGAAGUGGGACUGCUCGGGGCUAGUUGGUCUGGAUCCCAUCUUGUGCAGCCCAGAGAAUGUGGCGAUGAAACUUUCGUCGUCGGAGAGCGUUCAUUCGUCUCGGAGAUCCUAGGUGAAGAUUCUCGCAUCAGUGAGAUGCGCAUUGGCUGAACGCGGAAAUAUCUACCGUACGAAGCACUGCGGGUUGCCACAUUGACACCGUUGAGCUCAUCCCAUAACGCCACGAACGCUGAAGGCGGGACACUGCAUGAGAAUGCAUUUUUUCGGUUGAGAUAUAUACGGACAAUCCAGAAUGGGUUGUGGAUAUAACCCCCCCACUGUUACUGUAGCAUGCAUCAUCCAUCAUCGAGUACACAAGUCAUCUCAGUUCUCCCAGGGCGGCGGCUAGUCUUACUGCUUACAUCUGUUUAGUCUCUGUAUAGUUCCUCUGUUGAAACUUAUUCUUUUG